GAGCUUGAUGAGGGUCAGCUUCUGCUCCUGCACAAGGGCUCAAGUUUACUGAGCUGAGAAGGGCUAAUACCCUAGUCCUUCCUACAGCAGAAACUCAGGGGCCUGAGCUAGUGAUAUCCCUGGAGAGAACAGCCUACAAGUCUGAUGGUGACAAGAACUAUCUACUUUCCUCUCCCAAUGCAUCUCUGUGGAUUACCCCCUGAGUUCUGGCCUGUGGCCCCUUCUCCCAUCAGGUAGCCAGUGUGAGGAAGACCACAGUCCUGGAUGUCAUGAGGAGGCUGCUACAGCCCAAGAAUGUAAUGGUGUCCACAGGCCGGGACCGCCAGACCAACCACUGCUACAUCGCCAUCCUCAACAUCAUCCAGGGAGAGGUGGACCCCACCCAGGUCCACAAGAGCCUGCAGAGGAUCCGGGAGCGGAAAUUGGCCAACUUCAUCCCCUGGGGCCCAGCCAGCAUCCAGGUGGCACUGUCAAGGAAGUCUCCCUACUUGCCCUCAGCCCACCGGGUCAGUGGGCUCAUGAUGGCCAACCACACCAGUAUCUCUUCGCUCUUUGAGCGCACCUGUCGCCAGUUUGACAAGCUGCGGAAAUGGGAGGCCUUCAUGGAGCAGUUCGGCAAGGAAGACAUCUUCAAGGACACUUUUGAUGAGAUGGACACAUCCAGAGAGAUUGUACAGCAGCUGAUCGAUGAGUACCAUGCAGCCACUAGGCCAGACUACAUCUCCUGGGGUACCCAGGAGCAGUGA